AGACGCGUUGUGUCAGGUCGUGCUGAUGUGUUGUGCGUUACGAGUUACGCGCUGCUGUGUGCGUGGUGUCUUGUCAGUAAAAUUUUGCAUUAUAACUACAUGAAUCACACUUGCAUGAACUGCAAAUAAUUCGACUUGAUUCUUCGCAUUCUGAAUUUACUAAACAAUAUUUCGAAGUGAAACUUAGAUACGCUAAAUCAUUAUGUCACCAAGAAAGCUAGGAAAUCGACCGUAUACCGUUUGUAUUGAGGGAAACAUCGGCAGUGGCAAAACUACUUUUCUUUCACACUUUAAAAAAUGUGAAAAUACCAUUGUUAUCGAAGAACCGGUUGAACUUUGGCGAGAUGUGUCAGGGACUAAUUUGCUGGAACUAAUGUACAAGGAUCCAUCGCGAUAUGCGUGCACUUUUCAAUCUUACGUACAAUUGACAAUGCUUCAGUUACACACAAGGGAGACAUCUCAUCCUUAUAAAGUCAUGGAAAGAUCUAUAUAUAGUGUAAGAUGUUUCAUUGAAAAUAUGAAACGAAUGAAUGUCCUACAAAAUGUUGAAGCCUAUUUAUUAGAGAAGUGGUACGAUUGGGCUCUAGAAAACACCAAAGUUCAAGCAGACUUGAUAGUGUAUCUUCGAACGACACCAGAAGUUGUUUACCAAAGAAUGCGUACCCGCGCUAGAAAAGAGGAGGACUGUGUAUCGCUGGACUACCUCAAGUUAAUGCAUCAAAUACAUGAUGAAUGGUUGUAUGACAGAACUCUUUUCUCAGUCCCAUCACCUGUAAUUACCCUCGACGCCGACAAAAACCUCGAAGGUAUGCUCGAAGAGUUCAGAGUUUGUGCCGAUAAAAUAUUUAAUAGAUAAUAUAACUAUAUCGAUUAAUUAAAAUUUAAUAUAUAAUCACUGACGUGCCAAAAAUACAGGACAACGCAAUAUUUAUAUGUAAAUUCGCUUUAGUAACGUAUCAGAUGUACAAAAUUAAAUGUAACUCCCAGGCUUGAAUUUGAAAGAGUGCCUUUGACGCUAAUCAGGGAUUCAAACGUAAUUAGGUGGCAUUUUUGGGGUAAUUCUCUAUUAUUCUAUAGAAUCUUGUCAUGUGUGUACGUGGAUUUAUAUGUAUAUAUUGUAUCUAAAUUAAUUUCGCUAAAAAAAGUAAAGCUGGUAUAGCAAGAUAAUUUUGUUGCGAAAUUAACAAAAUUAAUAAUUUUAGUAAUCGACUUAGGAAUUAUAGGAACAUAUUGACAGAAGCCUCAUUUUUUCUGACAUUUUUCAUCUAAUUUUUUUUGCGACCUCAUUAAAAUGGCACGGAAAAAAUGAAAAGCUGUCAUUAUUUUUCUGUUUUUUCUUUGUUAGAGUUCUCAGGAUGGCCACUGAAUCGGGAACUUUUUUUUACCUGAUAAGUGACAGUAAUUGAUUUGAUGACUGAAAUUUUAGUCAUUUUUAUAAAAAGGAUCUAACCAAUCAUUUUGAAUUAACAUCAAAAUAAAUCCCUUAAAAUAAUGCUUAGUAAAAUAAGAAACUGCACAAAUUUGAAAGAACUAUUUUUGAAAUUCAGUAAAAUUACUGCAAUUCCAAGUAGAACUGGUAAUGUUUAUGUACUCUAAAUCAUUCAGGAUUUGAAUCUAAUUCUAAAAUUCUUAGCACAUCAAUUUCCGACUGAUAUAAUUAUUGAGUUUUUGGACAUGGUCAUUAUUUAAUUUGAAACGGCAUUUUAUUAAAUGUUCAAUUGUAAAUCCUUAUUAGGAGAUUAUCUAUAUUUAAAGAUUUUGAAAUUGAACCUAUUGAAUAUCUUUGAAGGCUUAUAAUUUUAACUUAUCAUAUUAAACUUUAAACUAAACCCUAUUCAGAAUAUCAGAUAUGCAUAUUUAAUUAAAAAAUUUGGAAUUGCGCCACAAUAAGUAGUAAGAUCAUUUGUAUUUUUGAUUAAACAUUUACUUUCAAAUAAUUAUUAAUGGUCCUGUUUUGAAAGAGUGAAAAUCCGGAAAGUGCCCGAAAUUAUUUCUGAGACUUUAGUGGUCAUCCUGAAAUUAAAUGUGUAAAAGCUGGUUUCUUUGUGCCAGAUAAUAAACGUUUUUUUUUCUUUUCGCCUCUUCUGUAAAUUUUGCAAUAUUUUUGACACUCGCAGUAUCACUUCAUUUACAGAAAUAAUCGAGAAAGAUAUAAAAAUGCUUCGUUAUUGAAUCGGGAUGGAUGGAACAUUACGUAAUGAAAGAAGAGGCCUGAAAUUGACAGUACUGACUGAUUUAGUAAAAUAGUACCUCGAUUUAUGUCAAUCAUAUUAAAUUAGAUUAAUUUUGACGCAUUUCUGUAAAUGAUAGGGGCAUGUCAAGACGCUACGGUUUUUUAAAAUACAGUAUCCCCUACGACCUUCUCCCACCUUAAAAUUUCCACACAUGGUUUGGGCCUGUUCCGCCGCCCCUGGAUGGGGGUGACUUUGGUAACAUUUUGACUUACUGAAUAACUGAAUGGAAAAAAUGUGUCCAAGCCUUCUAAUUUUUAUUGUUUGCGUAUCAUGUAUUUUAGCAUAUAAGGGUUUAAGAGUUGUUUGGAUUUUAGAGAAUGCACAUGAUUAUUAUUUGUCACGAUUUUCACAAAAAAUGUAGCUUUUUCAGACUCGAACGAAAACUUGCAAGGAAAACUUCCAAAUAUAGUCAUAUUUAUGCAUGAUUAACAUAAGUAUUUGAUAGAGACAUUAAUACUGUGAUCAAUUUAAUUGAGAAAGUGGAAAUAGUUAAUUGUAAGUUACGAUCCAAGAAAAAUUUUAAUAUUAAGGACAAUAUCGACGUGUCCAAGUAGAACAUUGACACGUCCAUAUUAUAUUCUUCGUUUUUAACACAAUAAUUAUUUUUUUUAAUAAUUGAAUAUUUUUCUUACGAAAUCUUGCAAAUUUUGUACUUUUAGGAAAUAAAAAUAUUUUUUA